UGAAUGGCUGUGGUUUUCCUAGAGCAGACCUAAUGAUGUCUAGCAGGGAGAGGUCUGAGGAAAGCUGAUGCCAGAACUGUGUGUUUCACUGCACAUCACAUUUUAAGCAUCAAUUGUUUAUUAUUAUUGGUGCUUAAAAUAAGGUUUGUGGCUUGCAAGGUGGCAAAGUAACAUUUCUUCAAUGUGUGUCUAAAAUUCAUCAUGUAGUAGGAACUUUCCUGAGGACCCACUGUAAGACAGCUACGUUAGGGAGAAGAGCAUCCUGCAGCUUUCAGUCUCCCUGCUGACUCCUGCCUGUCAGUACAGAAUUCGCUUGGUUUCCCUUAACUACAAUUAUAAACUCCCUAUGGAGUCAAAUUCAGGAAUGGUGCUGUCACGCUGCUGCAGCCACUAUGGGCUGCUCCUCUUCAUGUGCCAUCACCCUGAGGUGGCACAGCUGCAGAAAAAGUCAUUUUCUACCCCCAGCUUUGAAUGAGCCCACGUCUGUAAGACCAUGAGCAUUCCAGCCAAAGCCCACGCUCCAAGGAAACCCAGAGGCUAUUCAGUAAAAAACCCCGGCCAAUCUCCCUCCUCUUUCCUUGGACCCUGAGCCUCUCUCCAUGAUGGAGUACAAUCAUAGAAUAGUUCAGGUUAGAAGGGACUGCUAAGGGUCAGCUUGUCCAGCCCUUCUGCCAUGGUCAGGGACAUACUCAACUGGAUCAGGUUGCUCAGAGCCCUGCCCAGUAUGACCUCCACUAGAGACACUACUACUCUGGGUGACAUCAGCCAGCCCUCUCCAACGUGUAAGGCACACACAAAUUUCCUUGAGUGAAAGGUGGGAAGGGGCUGCCACAGUUGGGGCUUGGACAUACAGACAAGAGCAUAAGGAGAAUGAUUUGGGGUCAGCACAGGGGAAGAGAAGUGGAGGUUGUGUGCUUGGCCGCACAGAGCUAAGGGUGUGUGGAAGUGACAGAUGUGAGAGUCAGUAUGAGCCACAGUGUCACAGGGACACCAGUACUUCUGUUGUUUUACAGUUGUUUUAACAGUAUUUUGCACAUUCCUCACUUCUGCAUUGCAAUUCCUAAAAGAUUUUUCUGCUUAUUCAAUCCAAGGGAAAAUGCUGCUAAUGUUUGAGACUGACAGUAAAAGCUUUUCUUCGAGUUGUAACAGCUCACUGAAAGCCUUUCAAAAUGUGCAAGUAGAAAUGUCUUUUUAUAUGUACAUGGGGGGAAAUGGAAACAUAGGACUACACAUAUUAUUUUGUGUUCGUUAGCAUUAGAUUUUGUAUGGUAUUUUAGCACCUAUGGUAUUUUUGCCACUUAGAAAUGGCUGCUCCUUGUGUUCUGCUGCCAUACCUGAAGUUAAUGUGUUUGGAAGAAGUUUGUUGGUCUGUGAGCUAUGUUCUCUCCUGCAUCAGCGUCAUGGCAAAAUAAGCAAAGAUCUGAUUUUAACAAGAUGACACAAAUGGUGGCCUUUGUUUGUCAUUCAGAGUCUUGCAGCUAAUGGUAGGGAGUGUUUGGCAGUGUGUUUUCAAUCAGGGUUCAGUGUAAGUGCAUCUGUUGUGGAUGAGAACUGCAGGGCCCUUUGCUGGCUGAGGCACAGAGGGCAGAGUUACAGAACAGGAGGAAGCAGAGGACUUGGCAGGGGCACCACUGAGAUGUUUGCUGCAGCUGAGCAAUGGUAUGAAUGAAGAGGGCUCUGGAAAUAAUUGACGUAGUCUGGUUUCCAGUGCAGGGUAUGAAAAGCUUUCCUGAGCGGUAAUGGAAGUGUGGGCAAGAAACCAGAAAAUGCCACAGGUUUAUUCAGGCAAGCAUGCCUUACUUUGCUGUUCAAUCAGGAAAUGUGUCUUUAUAUGUGAGACACACAGAAGAAUUACUGUGAACAGUAAUUUGGUACGAGCAGCUUCACUGCAAACGUUCUUAUCCUGAAAUACUGUAAAAAUUAGUAAGAAAAACUUGUUACAAAGGCAUUCACAUUCACUUCUUUACAUUAUCCAUCUUGCUAACUUAAAAUGCAAGAUUAAAUAUAAUCUUCCUUGGCAAAGGAACUAGAUUUUGUGUUUACAGAAUAAAUAUUCAGGAAAAAUCCUUUUUGUACACAAUGCAUGCUUUAUGAUUGCUCAAUGUUGAUUUAUGUGCUGUUGCUGUAAAUAAAUCCGUGGCAAAUAUCCAGUAGUGUGUAACCAGGAGGGUCAGACCAAUAGGAACAUGAGAGACAUUAAUGAAAAAAAAACUGUUUCAUGUUCCAACAUGCAGCUUCUAAAGACUUGAAACAAAGGGCUGAGGCUGGGUCAGAAUCUACAGGAUAAAUGGACAAUAUAAAGGUGAUCUGACAGCAAAGUCCCUCAGUAUAACACACAAUCAGAAAACCAGUUUGAUGCCCCAAGUCAGAAACAGGACAAACUCAAGUUUAAAUUUCAGAGUGAAAGUAAUUACGCAUUCCUGAAAAUAUACUUUCUGGGCUUUAGGCUAUGGUUUGUGAACAUUACUUGGCAGAAGAAAAAGAAUUUAAGAUGACAGAGGCCCUGGUUAAGGAACACAGUGCUCAGCCUCUGUUUGUCCAACAAGGAACAACAUCCCUACAAAACAAUCCUGUUGCCAAAAUGCUUCUUGCUACAUUCUAAUGUACGUAACCACAAACUUGCCGGCAGCUGGAAUUGUGCAAUCUUUUCAGACAGACUUAGAGAGCUCUCAUCCUUCAUAGAUAAAACACCUUGAAAGCUGUUUAUUCAAAGAAUUUGUCCUACACCUGCUUUGAAUAGGGUUUUUUUAAAGCAUAGCCAUUUCUGUAUAAGCAUUAACUGUAUAGCUGUCUCAGUCUAUGACAAAAAGCAUGUUUUUACAAGAUGUUACUUUAAAAUGAAGAAGCAGGAGGAGCACUGGCUUACAAAAGAAAGAUUUGUGUUUUUAUUAUUCCUUUUGGUCACUGCGGGUUACAGAAUGGAAUAUGCAACGCGAUUCUAUGCUCCUGCUUGUUUUCUAGUUGGACUGCUCAGAUGUGUUGGAGGAAUAUCUGUGCUUGGAUUCAAAUAUUUUACUUUCCUUUAUGGAUUAGUGGUCCAGUAUGAUGAAGUGCUGUUAUCUUGUGCCUCAGCUCUAGUAACAAGACUCUUGACCUGCUGGAUCAGCUCCUUCCAGGUGCCCUUUGGCACAAGAACAUCAUUCUUCACGGAAAACAAAAAUCCCAGGUUAGUGCUCUUGCAUUCAUUAACUUUUUGCUCUGCCAAGAAGAUUUUAUUUCCUUGUUUCAGCAGAUAUAUACCAUACUGGCUUUGCUACAGGAUGCCUAAUAAUUCAGAAGACUAACUGAAUACACUGGGUAAUGUGAUUUGAAGAUGCCAACCCCUUGGCAAAUAUGCUGCAAUAAAAAGUCCAGAACUGAGAAUGCAAAAGCUGAAAUGGACACUAUGGCAGAGACAAGUGAAAAAAUGCAGAUGAAAAAAGAAAUCACAUUACUAAAUGGAGUUUCUUUAAUUGUAGGGAACAUGAUUGGCUCUGGUAUAUUUGUAUCACCCCGAGGUGUUUUAAUGUAUAGUGCUUCCUAUGGACUCUCGCUGGUUAUCUGGGCACUUGGUGGGAUUUUUUCCCUGUUUGGAGCUUUGUGCUACGUUGAACUGGGAACAUCCAUCAUGAAAUCUGGAGGCAGUUAUGCCUAUAUUCUGGAGGCAUUUGGGGCCUUUGUGGCCUUCAUCAGACUCUGGUCUUCCUUGCUAAUUAUUGAACCAACAACUCAGGCCGUGAUAGCAAUCACAUUUGCUAACUAUAUUGUUCAGCCAAUUUUUCCCCACUGUGAGCCACCGUAUGAUGCAGUCAGGUUGAUUGCAGCUGCGUGUAUAUGUUCCUUAACAUUUAUUAACUGUGUUAAUGUAAAAUGGGGUACCCGUGUACAAGACGUUUUCACAUAUGCAAAAGUCAUGGCUCUUAUCUUGGUGAUAUCUGUCGGCCUUUACAAAAUUGGCAAAGGGGAAAUCGAAAACCUGAGAGCUCCGUUUGAGGGCUCAGCAACAAGCCCAGGGAUGAUCGCCCUGGCUCUCUACUCUGCCCUCUUCUCCUACUCAGGAUGGGACACGCUCAACUAUGUCACCGAGGAAAUGCAGAAUCCUGAGAGGAACCUACCUCUUUCUAUUGCAAUUUCAAUGCCUCUUGUGACUAUUAUUUACUUAUUGACUAAUAUAGCAUACUAUGUAGUGUUGGACAUGUCAGCUCUCCUCACAAGUGAUGCGGUGGCUGUGACAUUUGGAGGUGAAACCCUUAGUCAUGCCAAGUGGAUAAUUCCUAUAGCAGUGGCCAUGUCUUGCUAUAGUGGCUUAAACUCAUCAAUUAUUGCAGCAUCUCGGCUUUUCUAUGCUGGAGCCAGAGAAGGACACCUCCCUGUCAGUCUGAGCUUGAUUCACAUAAAGUGCUUCACACCAGUCCCUGCUCUUCUGUUCAAUGGCUUAAUGACUUUGCUUUAUCUCCUUGUGGAAGAUGUUUUCCUCCUUAUUAAUUACUACUGCUUCAACUACUGGCUCUUUGUGGGUCUAUCUAUUGCAGGACUAAUAUAUCUGAGAUAUACUCAGCCACAUAGACCACGGCCUGUUAAACUUAGCCUCUUCUUCCCUAUAGUAUAUUGUUUAUGUUCCCUAUUCCUGAUUAUAGUGCCUCUCUACAGUGACACAAUCAAUUCCCUUAUUGGCGUUGGUAUUGCCCUCUCAGGCAUCCCUGCAUAUUAUUUGGGAGUCUAUCUGCCAGUUGAAAAACGACCUAAAUGUCUACUUUGGCUCUCUGGUAAGCAACAUCAUAUCCCAGUCACCAUAUCAAAACCUUGGUCAGAAGAAGGAAAGAGUAUUUUUUCCAAAAAUCCUUUUUUUUAUGAAGGUUUGCUAUGCUUUGGUAUGUGGCAUGUCUGAGAUCAUCUGCUUUAUCACAUGGUCCUGAAAACAAAACUGUGCUUACCUGUACAAAACAUUCCAAUAUGUGGGUGCCAUAACUAUGCUGACUCUAUAAAAGCCAUGUAGGAUUGUGAAUACUAAAACUAAUCUUUUUAAUACCCUGGAAGGCAGAAAUACCAGAACAUCUUUGCUUCACUUUCCAUCCAAGGAAUGGAACAAUCCAAAUCAGAGGCAUGCACAGAUUUUCAGAAACAAGGAAAUAAUUAGUCAUUGGUUUGAAGGGUAGUUGCCAGUCCUCAAAUUCAGGCAGUCUUGAAAAGCAAAUCUUUAAUAUUUUUAUUUAUUAUACUUUAAAGUCAGCUAUCAAUUCAAUGAAAAUGUUGAUGAAAAUCUGAUUAAACAAGAAUUUCAGCUUAAUUAUUGGCUUCUUUUGCCUUUAGCUAUUUAUACCUUAUGCUUAAUUUUAUUGAUUAAGGUGUUUCAAGAUUUUCCUAAUAUCUGUGUAGUGUUUUCAAAUCCUCAAAAUCCAGAUGUAUGUCUAAGAUAUAUUUAAAUUUCUGUCACACAUUUUUGCCGGUACAGCUACAACGACGAAGUAUGUUCAGAUGCUCUUCUACUGUGCUCUGUCAGACCUGGACAUGGACGUGGAACCCAAAGCAGCUAAGAGUAAAUAGAGUUGCCUCAACACUGAGAAUUGUGCCUUGACAUCUCCUGUCUGGAUCAAUCUUUAUCAUCUGAAUUUCUCCCCAUAUUUUCAGUCAUACUAGAGCACUAACCACUGUACUGUGCAUGAGUUUGAUGUCAGUUAAAUUGUGAUGGUUUUAUAAAACACUCUGUUUUCCAGGAUUUCUUUUUAAAAUUCUGUUUGUUAAUACUGACUUAUCACAUAACAUGUUGAACUAUAAAACGCUUGGUUGAAUAGGAUGAAGGUUUGACAAGAAAGUUUCACAGAUAUUUAUGCUUGUCAGCUCUUUGAAUGUAGAAUCUGAGAACAAAGUAGAGAUGGAGGCAGGUUUUGAUAUAGAAGAACAAUAGAUGUCUAAAUUGACAAUUGCUGAGCCAGUCAUUACUGGACAGCUAAGAAAGCAAAAGUUAAGUCGAGCUGGAAGGGGGUUUUAUGACUAGAGCAAAAUAUAUGUUGACCACAAACAAAAAUAUGUUUAUACCAAGUAGAAAUAGGUCUUUGGAAAAGUGGGAAGACACCAUAGGCAAACAAGCAAGCCAAUGUGGCAAGCAGAAAAAAGGUCUAAGAAUUCUCUGUUACAAGAAAAACUGAAAAACAAUUUUUAGCUUAAACUUUAACAUACUUACUCACAUAAUUGGAUAGUAAUAACCAUAAUAUGGUAAUGAUAGUAGUUAUCAUAGGCUAUAGGUAAAAGUAAAGGUAUAGAUUGGUUCUUAUGUAUUACGAUGCUCAGCAAAGAAAAUUAUAUAAUGCGUUGUUACCAAAACUAAAGGGUCUUCAGGCUUGUCUGCAGCUAGAGCUGACAGCUGAAGCUGAAGCUGCAGGCUCUGUCACCCAUGACCCUGGUCUGUUGUAACAUCUUGGAUGCAAUAAACUGCAUUUUGAAGAACCACCUGAAGUCCCACAUCUCUCCUCUCAGGCUCUUGCUAGCCACACCUGCUAGAGGGAGGGAGGGAGGGCAAAAAGAGUUUACACUUGGUGCUUGGUGAUGUUUGAGAACAUUCUACCUACAUGCCGAGACCAGAUGGGGGGAAAAAAAAGAAAAAGGAAAAGUUACUUACUGAUUUAAAACUAAAAAAUCCUUCCUCUAUGUAGAAGUGCAGAGUCAUUUAGAAACAGAAGAAAGGCAAAUUUGAUAGUAAUAGUCAUAAGUUAAAGGGCAAGCUGCUGAACCAGAUGCCUGAUGUGCAAAAGAAUUUCAGAACUAUUGCAAUGCACAAUGUGUGUUCAGGUCAAAACACAGUCUUCAUGGUGAUAUUACCUUAUUUCUGAUUAGACCUUCCUCUUGCCCAUAUUGUGCCAUCAUAUGAGGAAUCCUGCAAAUUACAUCCAUCUUUCUCUUGCUAUCUUAGGACUUAGGUCCUGUCUGUCUAUGAGACUGGAUGAUCAUGGAAGCAGAAUUUAAAUUGCCAGUGGAGUCACAUUUGACUCCACAAGAGGGAGAACUCCUCUGCCUGAUGCUCUCAGGAAAAAGAGCCUGCUGCUUUUAGACCUGCUCGGAGCAGUAGAACCAGAGUGAUGUGUUUAUUCCUGCCCCCAGCAAAAGUCUUGAGAUGUACAGGCUUAACUUCAGAGUACAGUGUCAGCUACAUAUUCUGAAUAAUAUGUAUGUACAACAACCUGCUGCAAGUCCAAUGAAGAUGAGGUUAAAGUUCAAACAUUCCUCUUUCUUUAUAGGAUUGCCUUGGUGUCUUUAGCAGCAGACAGACUUUUUUCAUUCUAGAUGUUUUCAAUAUGUAACAGCAUGAAUGCAAAGGAUCAAGGACAUCUUUUUCAGAAUUUCCCAUUAACUAUAAAUAAUAAAUGAGCUAAUCAUAGUUAAUAGAUAAUAAAAUAGCUAUUUAUGGAAAUGAAAAAAAUUGUUCUGCUUGAAUGUCUGAGUAGUUUUCCAUCCUUAUUCUCCCUUUUUUUUCUUCUCUAUCUUUUUGUCAGAUAAAACUUGAGAAAUACCCAAGUCUCUGUGCUAUUUGGUAGUGAAGGACUAUUUAUAAAGACACUCUUGGGAAAACACAAUGUUGAUAUCCGAUGCCUGUUGACCUGCUGCCAAUAUGAUGUCAGUACCUGGACAGCUUUGUUCUAUAGUUGUUAUUUUUCCAUAUCACUCUGUUGAAUUCACUUCCACUUUAACUGCCUUCUAGAGCAAUCCCCUAGCUCUGCUCACAUAGUGGAAUACCAAGCCAUCCUUACCUUCCAUCUCAGUUUAUGAUAUCCAUCUGCUGCCAGUAAUUCUCUCAAUACAUGAAGGUACUCUUAGUCAGCUCCUCCUGGUAAUAUCUGCAAAAAACAAUAGGCACAAAGUGGGCAAGAUAGAUGUAAGAGGUAGGCAGCAAAAAGUAGCAGAAGGGGAAGGGUAUGCAGAUUUCAUAUUAUUUUCUUCAUUUUGCUUACUCUACUCUCAGGCAGUACCUGCAUUAGUUGUACUGCUUGCUACAAAUCCAGAUGGUAAAGAGAUGGAAAGAGUACGGGGAUGCUUCCCAGUUUUGUAUGGGCAAGGUCAGGAAGGCCAAGAUGAGCUGAAGCUGAACUUGGCAAAAGAUGCAAAGGGAAAUAAAAGGGUUGCUGCAGGUAUGUCUACCAGAAAAGGUAGCUCAAAGAAAGUCCCAUUCUGGAAACAUUCAAGAGCAGCUUGCAUGGGGCUCUGAGCAACCUGAUCCAGUUGAAGAUCUCUCUAACCAUGGCAGGGUGGUAGGACUCUUAAAAGUUCCUUUCCAACCCAAAUUAUUUUAUGAUUCUAUGAGUCUUGAGUCUAUGAUUCUUCAUUAUGGCUAAAUGGCUGAGUGGAGCAGAGGGCAUGCUGAGUUCCUGCACCGUAAUUUUUUUGUCCUGUUGAUAUCCAUGGCAAUAAAAUAUUAAGUUCCAGGUUAGAGAAAGGAUGGGGACUGACAGCUCAGCCUCCUGUGUGACUGGGAAGAUGUAUCAGCACAGCCCAGGUUGGCAUAGUGCAGUCUCCUGAAUACAGCACAGGCAAUCAAUUUCUGCUAAUGGUUCAAAGCAGGGUGCAUUUGCAAAAUCAGUUCCCUGGAAACAAGACGUGGGGCAAAAGAUUUUGACAGUGAAUCAUCUUCAUGCAUUCUACACCCUGGGCACAAGCCAUGCUGGUUUUCAGCUGCUCUGUGUCUCUACCACAUUGCUUGGUAGAACAAAAUGGGCUGUAACACAAACAUGGGCACUAGGAAAUAAUCAGCCAGGAAUGAUUUCUGUGUGAAGUAGAGUCACAAUAUAUAUUUCUCACCCUUAAGUGCACUCUAGGACACUGUCAGAGAAAUGCUGUGCUCUGGGUGAGCACAGGCAUCAGAGCAGUCCUGUGGUGCCAGGGAGAUCUGUGGAUAAAUGACAGUGGCUUGAGCAGAGCUGAAGAAGACAGGCAGGUGUUCAGAGCAAUAGCAUCGCUGAGGACAUGAAGAGGGGUACAAGUAGCUUUCUGCACAAAGAGAACAGACACUCAGCAUCCUUCAGCCAGAACAGGAAUACUCACACUCUGACAUCUACCAGGAUAUAAAUAAUCCUAAUGAAGUGGCUGCUUCAUUGAUAGACUGGAGGCUGUCAGCCUUUAAGUGGUGUGAGCUAUGUGCUUCUGCUGAGAGCCAGCAUGGCUGGGCAGUGCCUGUGGGGAGCAAGGAAUGACAGCAGCUAGUAUUCAGGCUCUCAAAUUAAUUAACAUUAAAAAAUCCCUGUGAUCUAAUAGAGCAGUGCUGAAUUCUUUUCUGUCAGGUCUUUUAGUUUCUCUGUUUAUUCUUUAGUUGCAUUUCUAAUCUUGCACUGCAAUAAUGAGGCACGGAAAGGGCAUUUGUUCAGAUAAGUUUGUUCUUUUAUUAGUUACUUUUUGGUUUUAAAAGGAGAAAAUACUAUAGAAUCAAAAGAUGCAAGUUGGGUUUAACCACAAAUACAGAACAGUUAAAAGCAGAAAUGCAAUUAACAAUUGCAGAAUGCAGAGAGCUGAUAUGGAACAAGGGAAAAAAUCAGCAAUUGGUGUGGAAGGACAUCAACCAAGAGUUUACUUCUUUUUAUUUUCUUUCCCUUUCUUUUCCCCUACUCUUCCUUUUCUUACUGUUUCACUGCCGUAACUAGAAUUCACAUGAGAGUGAUUUUACUUUGUUCAGAAGUAUUAAGGACAGUGAUUUCUUCUCAUUGCCUCAUUUUUCCCCUCCUCCCCUUCAAGAUUUGCUUUAAUGACUUGUCCUAGUUAAGUUUAAAGAGAUUUUUUAUGUUCCCAGAUAUUCCAUAGUAUGAUCACUUAACCUGUAAAUUAUAAUUGCAGAUUUGGUACCCAUGCAGACUGAUUAUUAUAGUUGGUACCUGCUACCUCCCUUUUAGCUUUCAUUAUAUCUUUGCACUCAAGGAAGCUAAGACAGUUACAUUUUAGGAAUAAACAGGAUACAAAAAAUAAUAUGUUUAUCUUUCAGGUGCUUAUUGCUUUCAUAUAAUAUUGUUAACUAUUAAAAGAGAAUCUGCUGAGUACUAUCUGGGUAUGGUAAGAAUUAGACCACAGUUUGAGAUUUUAAAAAAUACUUCUGUGCACAUUUGUAAUGGACCAAAACUCAAACCAGUGUUUGUGAGGUCAAAAGGAGAUAUGUUAACUGAAAACUUGACCAGAUAUACUUUCAAAAGCAGCUCUGCCUUGCUGUUGCAUUGAUAAAUCUAGUGCUUCUCACUGAAAAGAUCAGUCAUGGGUGGUACAGGCCUUCUUUCAGUAACUUAGCUUCCUUGAAAUCUUCCAUAUAAUGAAGAAAACUGUAUGACAUCUGAGUUAAAGAUUUUGUAGGCAUGCCCUACAAAGCAGAAAAAAAUCAAAACAAAUUAAUCUGAAUUUAGUCUAGCAAGGAAAGGAUGAGAAGAAAAGUGAAAGAAGGCUCUGAAAGAGUCAAAAUAUGCUGGUUGACAAACACCAUUAAAUUGCUGCUCCUUUUCAUAAAAAUCAUGCUCCUGUAAAAAGUGUAAGACAUUAAAAAUUAAUCAAAAAAUCUUCACUGAAUUUGGCUAAAGUUUUAAUUGGUGAGCAUUUAAGAUUUUUUUUCCUUUCAGUCACUCUGAACUUGGGUAAAAGGGAAGAAGAAAAGUUACUGAAUUAGAAGAUUAUUUUAAGCUGUGUUAUUUUUUAAUUACCAGCACAUCACUGAUGCUGGGUAAAAAUAGGAGCCCGUUUUCAUCUGCUAUAAAUGCUGAAAUCAAUAAAAAUUGACAUUACUCUCUUGUCACCUAAUAGUAUGUAAAACCAAGACACAAGGAUUUAAUUUAUAACAUUUUGUUUUGUUUUGUUUUUGAUUGCUUGUUGUACCUCUUGUGCAUUACCAUUUCAUUCACAAUAACACUUAGAUACCAGUUUAAAGGUUUUAAAAUAUUAUUGACUUUGUAUCUGUAUCUUUAUGGACCUACCUGAUUUAAUUCCAAACUUUUUUCUUUAUCAGACCUAGCCUGAAAAUUUUGCUCUGUGUUCUCAUUCCUGAGGGUGUUUUACGUUUAUGUCUGUAUUCAAUCUUAGGAGAUGCAGAUUUGCCAAGAGAAUGGAGAGCUGCAAAGACAUUCUAUGGCCCUUGCCAAGACAUUGUUUCUAGCACCAAGUUCCUCUUAUUUAGUUCUGUGCAGAUUCGAUUCAGAUGGGGCUUUUCUUCCUUAGAAUGAAAGAAUCAUAGAAUCAUUUAUGUUGGAAAACAUCUUUAAGAUCAUCAAGUCCAACUGUUAAUCCAGCAUUACCACUGAACCCUGUCCCUAAGAACAAUGUCUACCAUCUUUUAAAUAACUCCAGGGAUGGUGACUCCACCACCUCCCUGGGCAACCUAUUCCAUUUUCAUCAAAUUAAAAUGCAAUACAUAAAAUAUAUAAAAUGAUAAAAGAAGAUAAAUGAGAACUACACUGCUACAGAUAUGUAGUACAAAUAUGUACUGUUUCUAUAAAAGAGAGAUAUAAAUAAAAUGUAGAAACACAUUUCAGCU